UUGUUCCUUCCUGUCACCCACUCUUCUCCACCUCCUUCCUCCUCCUUCAACCCGGGUCAGAUAUAACACACCAUGUCCCACCAGCGCGACGGACUGUCCAACUGUAAACUGGCACUGGUGUUCGCAGUGCUGAUGGACCUGUGCGGAGUCGUCGUGCUGUUACUGGGUGUGUUUGCCCCGUUAGAGAUCAAGGGACAGGACUUUGGGGACCUGCUUGUGUACUCUGGGGCCCUGCUGGUACUGAUGUCUAUGGGGGGAUGGGUCAUCUGGUACAGUGGGAACAUCGAGGGCCUGACCUCCAAGACUGAGUGGAGUGGAGGCAUGGGGGGAGCCAUGGACAGAUUUGCCCGCAGAGUGAGCCGUAAGAUACGGGUACCCAGGUCACACAGCGUGGCCUGA